AUGGAUAUGCAACAAGAAAUAGUCACCCUAAAAGGUCGUUUAAAGCAGAAUGUUAUUUUAAAAGUGAGUGUUAAUAAUGAUGAGUAUUAUUCAGCACCCUUAGAAGUCAUAGAAACCGAAAAAAGAGGGGAGGUAGCCGAAAAUGAUGUUGAUUCGUUAUUUCUCAUUUUUUGGAAAAAGAACUUUGAUGAGCCUACGCAACGAGCCAUUGCUAAUUUAAAAGAAAACCAAAACAUUACAGUGCAUGGUCAUUACGGAGGAACAAAUAAUGGAUUAUUGCGGGUAACAGAAAUAGAUAUUGAAGAAGAAAUAUUUAUUUAA